UUGUCAAAUGUGUCUUUUGAGUUCUAAUUAGACAUUCUCGUUUUGGGAACUUUUUUGCUAAAACUAUUUGUUUUAAAAUACUAUAUUCACUAUUAUCUUGCGGUGUUUCCUUAAGUUAAGUAAGAAAAAUGCCUCGUUUUCAUACUGUAGAAAUCAAUAAAACAGAAUGGAUUGUGCCGGAACGUUAUCAGAUGCUUACACCUGUAGGCUCUGGCGCUUACGGUCAGGUUUGCUCUUCCAUAGAUACACUGCAUAAUAUGAAAGUAGCAAUAAAAAAAUUAGCUAGACCUUUUCAAUCUGCUGUACAUGCAAAAAGAACAUAUCGCGAGCUUCGGAUGCUUAAGCACAUGAACCAUGAAAAUGUUAUUGGUCUGCUAGAUGUUUUUACACCUGAAAAGAGUUUAGAAGAAUUUCAACAAGUAUACCUUGUUACACAUCUUAUGGGAGCUGACCUCAAUAAUAUAAUACGCACACAGAAACUUUCUGAUGAUCAUGUCCAAUUCCUUGUCUACCAAAUACUGAGAGGCCUUAAGUACAUCCACUCUGCAGGAAUUAUACAUAGAGAUCUCAAGCCCUCGAACAUUGCUGUAAAUGAAGAUUGUGAAUUGAAAAUUUUAGAUUUUGGCUUGGCCAGGCCAACUGAAACUGAAAUGACUGGCUAUGUAGCCACUAGAUGGUACCGGGCUCCUGAGAUCAUGCUUAACUGGAUGCAUUAUAAUCAAACGGUAGAUAUCUGGUCAGUUGGAUGCAUUAUGGCUGAAUUGCUUACCGGCAGGACCCUCUUCCCUGGCACCGACCAUAUUGAUCACCUCACAAGAAUAUUGUUUUUAUGUGGGAAACCAGAACAGGAGACCAUAGACAAAAUUAUUAGUGAAGAGGCGCGUAAUUACAUCCAAUCGCUGCCGACGCUACGACGCCGCGACUUCCGCGAAGUGUUCCGCGGCGCGAACCCGCUUGCCGUCAAUUUACUUGAACUCAUGCUCGAGUUGGAUGCGGAUAAGCGUAUAACAGCGGAACAGGCGCUGGCGCACGAGUACCUGGCGCAGUACGCGGACCCGACCGACGAGCCGGUGUCCGCGCCCUACGACCAAAGCUUCGAGGACAUGGACCUGCCCGUUGAGAAAUGGAAGGAGUUGGUGUGGAAUGAAGUGGUGGAGUUCAAACCUCACCCUCAACACAUGAACACGGUGGUGGAAGUUAACCCUUCAUAAAUAAGCAAUAAAAUCAUUUACCACGCACUGGUAAUAUGUUCAAUUGUAUAAUGUAGUUUAGACGUCAUGUGUGACAUAUUUUUACAUAAUAAACACCACUCGAAGCAAUUGAGCAGCUUAGUAGUCUGAAUGAAUUGAUAAUAAAUUUUUCACGAUUAUACCACAAAAUGCUUAUUUUACAAUUUUUAUUAUAUUAUAUAUUAUAUAGUAUGCUCUUAAAUAUAAUCGAUUUUUAAUUGUUACACACGUCGUGUUCUAUUGUAUCAUGCGAAGUAUUUUCUUUUGUUAAUUGUGUAUAAUUUUGCGUUUUUAUUAAAUAAGUCGCGAAAGGUUACUAAUACUUAAUUAAACGUUAAAUUCUUCCUGUUUACAAUGUAUUACAUAUUAAAAAUACCAAUAUAACAGCUAGUCUCGUCUCGUAUUAUGUUCACACACAAAAAUGGUACAAAGUACUUAUAUAUAAAGACAGAAACAAAAUAGGCAUAUUAUAUAAAAUCUUAUGUUCAUUUCAAAUUUAGCCUAAAUAAUUGAUCGCAAAUGUACGAUAAUGUUCUUUUCCAAUUUGACGUUCUAACUUUAAGCUUUUUAUAAAUUUUAAACACAUGCUUAAACGCAUCUAAAGUAAGCUAUAUUAUUACUAUUUAAGCGGAUUUUAAUAUUAUUGUAAUUUGAAUUUUUUUGCCUAUAACUUUCGCAUAUAAUUUUGUAUGGUCGCCACGUGAAUCUUAGAAUUGCUUGUAAUUUGGCCUUGUCACGCUGGUGCUAAGAGAAAAUUUUAAUUGCCAUAAUAAUAAGUUAUACAAGUAUUAUAAAUACGAUAGGAUAAAAUAGAUGUUUUGAAAUGUUCUCUAUAUUUGUAUUGUAAGAUUAGACCGUCCAAUUCGAUGUGACGCAUCUUUUUUAUUGCUCAGUUUGAAAUAUACCUAAUAUUUGUUGAAUAAUUGUUUGUAGCCAUAUGAUAAAUAUUAUAAAAAUAUUUUUUCUAGCAGAAGUUCUUUUCCAUAGAUUUUAUUUGU